AUGGAUAUUCCAGCCUACGCCGCUCCUACCUUGAGCAUUGGUAGAACAUAUGAUGCCCAGAAUUGCAAACCAAGCGGCGAUAUCUUCCAAAGUGAUCAGAUUUCAAUCAGAACAACUAAUGUCAACAAUUUCACCUUCAAGUACUCGCUUGUGCAAAAUAGCAAAGAUGUCAAUGACCUCCUAGACAUUUCUGGAGAACUUUCUUUAAAAAUCAAGGCCAAUCUUCUCCAAGUGGAAGGAGAAGGUAAGUUUGUGGAUGAAUCCAAGAAGGAAGAAGGAACAACUAAACUGCUGGCAGUGAUGAAUUGUACCACGGUAUGUCAACAAUAAUAAUUAUAAUAUAGUAUGAUGGUGCUUAGUGUAUGAACAUAGUGAUUGACUUAUGAGUGACUGAUGCUCCAGGUGCAUGGUUUGCGCCCCGCUGAUGCACAAAAGGAACACUAGCAAGGAGUGUGACAGAGGAGACAAUAAAAGUAAUAAUGACGAUGAUGAUGAUGAUAGUAAUGAUAAUAGUGAUGAUACCCCACAGAUCUUCACAUUGAAGCCGAAGCCAGUUUGAAAUCCAACUUUUCAGAAGCCCUCGGCAAUCUGCAUCUAUGGGACAAUACAUCUCAUGAACUGAGAACUAGUCGAAUAAAUGUGGAGAUAGAUGUCAUUUUACCGUAUGACUCUUCAAUAGUUUCAAUAUUAGAAUGUUAUAAUUUCUUGUUUUAGUAGUUUUAAAAUCAUACUUGGAAUUCGAAGAUACUAGCUUAUCUUUAGCUACUUUAAAUUCGAGGUUAAAUAAAGUAUCUGUAUGUAAGUACGUAUGUAUGUAUAGUUAAUCAUUUCGCUAAGGGAUUUAUCGUACUUUAGGUGAGCUUUCCCUUAACUGCGUUCGAAUUACGAGAAAGCAACCCCUAAUUUCUGUAGGGUGUCCUGUCCCACACACAUUUGCCUCGCUUUGAAGGGCUAGCAUACAUUUUGCCUUACGUACUUUGACGCUGUAACUCGCCUGAUGAUCCGCUACUAUCUUCGUAAAGCAUUUUUCAUCUUUCUCUUGAUCGUCUUCGUAAUUUAAUUAUCUGAAUAGCUAACAAACAUCUUGAUCGUAUUCUCCUAAGUUCCGAUUAGGAUGAAGAGAAGUUCAGGGUUACAGUGCAUCAUUGCAUAACAACUCUCAAGCAUGCUUAAGAUGUGAUCCAAUGACAGUGUGCCAAAGAGACCAGGCAAAAUGUCGUCCGAGAUCGAUACUUUCAAGUCCAUCUUUAAAAUAGAUGCCCACACACGUUUAAAGUGGUCUGAACUCAUUCAGAUAAUUCAGAUAAUUAAAUUACGAAAACGAUCAAGAGAAAGAUGAAAAUGCUUUACGAAGAUAGUAGCGGAUCAUCAGGCGAGUUACAGCGUCAAAGUACGUAAGGCAAAAUGUAUGCUAGCCUUUCAAAGCGAGGCAAAUGUGUGUCGACACAAAUGCAAUCUCAAAAAAUCUCGCCUAUUAAUUUCUAUGUUGACUGAAGUCAAGGCUAAUUUUAAUGCUGGUACUGCAAAGGUAAUAAAUCUUGGCAUGUUCAAAGUAACUUCAGACUACUAAGAAAAAUCACAAGCGGGUUUUAUCAAAUUCAGCUGGGAAAAAGAAAAGACUGCGAGGACGUGGUAUACAAAACAGACAUUGCUAGUUUAAUUUUUGUAUAAUUAUUAACCAUCUAUCUCUUAAAACAAGAAUUUUUUUUUUUAAGUCUGACAUUAAGAUCACACUUUUCUCAGGUCACUGAUACCAUCGACGGAAACCCGACACCUCUAGAGAACACAGCUGCAAUGGGAACUUAUUAUGUAAAAAGCGUAACAUAUGGAGCAAAAUUAGUGGCAAGCCUAACAUUCAAGACUUCAACAACUUUUAAAAAGUACGUUAAGAGUAAAUUCAUACUAAGAAAUUUAGCACCUACUGAAAAUGAGGAGAUUUUCAGUGAAUUUAUUGCUAUUUUCAUUGGGGUACCUAGCGGGAGGAGAGAGGUACAAAUGCCCUUUCCGGGAAGGUACGUUUUUUUUAUUAGGGGGAGGGGGGACUUAGCAGGGGAGGGUCAUCAGUAAAAUUUUUACAAAUCUGGGAGGGCCAAACCUGUUUUGUUCGCCGUUGGAGCAGGGUCACACUUUCAUCAGAAGAAUAAAGUACUCCACGUUGCUUCUGUUAAAGUAGACUCUUUUAUUUAUGUUAACAAACAUACAAAGUCUUUGGAAAAGUAAAACUUGCAUGUACAAGCAAAGCUACUAGCCAAAAUCAAUGCAAAUGAUUUACAAGUUCCAAAAAAUUGUAUCAUUGAUAAUUUAAAAAGUUGACUUCUCCCACCUAACACAAUCGUCUCUCUCAACCCGUUCCCACUUUCGUCAAUAUUUUGACGCAGGUAAUGUUUCCUUACAGGGUUCUGGUAUAGAAUCAGAAUCCGGUGAGGAUUCGUCAUUUUAGCUACUCGAGCUUGAACCGACAACUCGAUCUACCACAUCACUUUGCGUUAGUUUCGACCUCGGAAAGUGAUGAGGUCACUUGUUGUUGCAUACUUCUUAACGGGGGCUUCCGAGGUUGAUGACGUUCCAUAACGAACAAUUAACUUGCCAAUGUGCGCUUUGAUUAUUGCAACGUUUUGAGCUUUUUUCCCUUUGCAGGUGAUCUUGUGAUGGGAAAGGUACAAUGACAGUUCGUUCACCCUCAAGGAUGACAGCUUGUCGGAGUUGUACAGUCCAACCCAGUCAAUGUCAUUGUACUCCCGGUUCAGCCGUUCCAUUCGUUCCCUUUCGUUCUCCUCUUUCUUCUUCUCUUUGCGCAUUUAUAUCUAAGCAAGGUGCUAACAAUCCUCUGCCACAAGAUUUUCGGGGACAAAACUCUCUAAUGGUCUCGCUGUCCCCACUGACUAAUAUAAUCUGAGCUCGAGGCUGGAAGUUGUCUGGCUCACGGUCAUCGGUGGGGCUUUUACUCCGAGAAAGAUGGUGGAAAUUUGGUAGCUUGCUAUAGACGGGAUAUGGUCGUCGAGUUGGAAUAGGAGCGCUAUAUCAAACUCAUUGCGAUAGUUGCCCUAUGUGAUGUCGGGUAACGCUUGAACACUCUAUGAAAGACCUCUAAAAACACACAAUUUCUGUCAGAAAAAUGCCAUUCUAUUCCAAAGUAUGAUUUCUUUUCUCAAUGUACCACCGAAAAUAAGUUGGAAAAUAUUUCUCUCUCUUUUUUUCUUACUCAUUUGGAAUUGAAACGAUAAGUGCAUUAAUACACUCCGUGCUUCCCUCGAUAACUAUACCCGAUUCCAGACCAAUAUGGCCAAAGUGUAUACCCGUUUUCAGACCAAAACGGCGCAAAAUCCCUACCCGAUAGGCCACAUAUACCUAAAUGGCUUAUAUAAGGGAGUACUCCCUCCGGGCGUUACCAUCCUCAGUGUAUUCAUCAACAGAAAUUCGAAUUACGAGAAAGCAACCCCUAAUUUCUGUAGGGUGUCCUGUCCCACACACAUUUGCCUCGCUUUGAAGGGCUAGCAUACAUUUUGCCUUACGUACUUUGACGCUGUAACUCGCCUGAUGAUCCGCUGCUAUCUUCGUAAAGCAUUUUUCAUCUUUCUCUGGAUCGUCUUCGUAAUUUAAUUAUCUGAAUAGCUAACAAACAUCUUGAACGCAUUCUCCUAAGUUCCGAUUAGGAUGAAGAGAAGUUCAGGGUUACAGUGCGUCAUUGCAUAACAACUCUCAAGCAUGCUUAAGAUGUGAUACAAUGACAGUGUGCCAAAGAGACCAGGCAAAAUGUCGUACGAGAUCGAUACUUUCAAGUCCAUCUUUGAAAUAGAUGCCCACACACGUUUAAAGUGGUCUGAACUCAUUCAGAUAAUUCAGAUAAUUAAAUUACGAAAACGAUCAAGAGAGAGAUGAAAAUGCUUUACGAAGAUAGUAGCGGAUCAUCAGGCGAGUUACAGCGUCAAAGUACGUAAGGCAAAAUGUAUGCUAGCCCUUCAAAGCGAGGCAAAUGUGUGUCGACACAAAUGCAAUCUCAAAAAAUCUCGCCUAUUAAUUUCUAUGAUGACUGAAGUCAAGGCUAAUUUUAAUGCUGGUACUGCAAAGGUAAUAAAUCUUGGCAUGUUCAAAGUAACUUCAGACUACUAAGAAAAAUCACAGGCGGGUUUUAUCAAAUUCAGCUGGGAAAAAGAAAAGACUGCGAGGACGUGGUAAACAAAACAGACAUUGCUAGUUUAAUUUUUGUAUAAUUAUUAACCAUCUAUCUCUUAAAACAAGAAUUUUUUUUUGAAGUCUGACAUUAAGAUCACACUUUUCUCAGGUCACUGAUACCAUCGACGGAAACCCGACACCUCUAGAGAACACAGCUGCAAUGGGAACUUAUUAUGUAAAAAGCGUAACAUAUGGGGCAAAAUUAGUGGCAAGCCUAACAUUCAAGACUUCAACAACUUUUAAAAAGUACGUUAAGAGUAAAUUCAUACUAAGAAAUUUAUCACCUACUGAAAAUGAGGAGAUUUUCAGUGAAUUUAUUGCUAUUUUCAUUGGGGUACCUAGCGGGAGCCUCUGCGGAGGAGAGAGCUACAAAUGCCCUUUCCGGGAAGGUACGUUUUUUUUUUUAUUAGGGGGAGGGGGACUUUGCAGGGGAGGGUCAUCAGUAAAAUUUUUACAAAUCUGGGAGGGCCAAACCUGUUUUGUUCGCCGUUGGAGCAGGGUCACACUUUCAUCAGAGGAAUAAAGUACUCCACGUUGCUUCUGUUAAAGAAGACUCUCUUAUUUAUGUUAACAAACAUACAAAGUCUUUGGAAAACUAAAACUUGCAUGUACAAGCAAAGCUACUAGCCAAAAUCAAUGCAAAUGAUUUACAAGUUCCAAAAAAUUGUAUUAUUGAUAAUUUAAAAAGCUGACUUCUCCCACCUAACACAAUCGUCUCUCUCAACCCGUACCCACUUUCGUCAAUAUUUUGACGUAGGUAAUGUUUCCUUACAGGGUUCUGGUAUAGAAUCAGAGUCCGGUGAGGAUUCGUCAUUUUAGCUACUCGAGCUUGAAUCGACAACUCGAUCUACCACAUCACUUUGCGUCAGUUUCGACCUCGGAAAGUGAUGAGGUCACUUGUUAUUGCAUAUUUCUUAACGGGGGCUUCUGAGGUUGAUGACGUUCCAUAACCAACAACUUGCCAAUGAGCGCUUUGAUUUUUGCAACGUUUUGAGUUUUCUUCCCUUUGCAGGUGAUCUUGUGAUGGGAAAGGUACAAUGACAGUUCGUUCACCCUCAAGGAUGACAGGUUGUCGGAGUUGUACAGUCCAACCCAGUCAAUGUCAUUGUACUCCCGGUUCAGCCGUUCCAUUCGCUCCCUUUCAUUCUCCUCUUUCUUCUUCUCUUUGCGCAUUUAUAUCUAAGCAAGGUGCUAACAAUCCUCUGCCACACGAUUUUCGGGGACAAAACUCUCUAAUGGUCUCACUGUCCCCACUGACUAAUAUAAUCUGAGCUCGAGGCUGGAAGUUGUCUGGCUCACGGUCAUCGGUGGGGCUUUUACUCCAAGAAAGAUGGUUGAAAUUUGGUAACUUGCUAUAGUCGGGAUAUGGUCGAGUUGGAAUAGGAGCGCUAUAUCAAACUCAUUGCGAUAGUUGCCCUAUGUGAUGUCGGGUAACGCUUGAACACUCUAUGAAAGACCGCUAAAAACACACAAUUUCUGUCAGAAAAAUGCCAUUCUAUUCCAAAGUAUGAUUUCUUUUCUCAAUGUACCACCGAAAACAAGUUGGAAAAUAUUUCUCUCUCUUUUUUUCUUACUCAUUUGGAAUUGAAACGAUAAGUGCAUUAAUACACUCCGUGGUUCCCUCGAUAACCAUACUCGAUUCCAGACCAAUAUGGGCAAAGUGUAUACCCGUUUUCAGACCAAAACGGCGCAAAAUCCCUACCCGAUAGGCCACAUAUACCUAAAUGGCUUAUAUAAGGGAGUACUCCCUCCGGGCGUUACCAUCCUCAGUGUAUUCAUCAACAGAACGUUUUGGAAUAUUUAAUCGUCCCNCUCAUUUGGAAUUGAAACGAUAAGUGCAUUAAUACACUCCGUGGUUCCCUCGAUAACCAUACUCGAUUCCAGACCAAUAUGGGCAAAGUGUAUACCCGUUUUCAGACCAAAACGGCGCAAAAUCCCUACCCGAUAGGCCACAUAUACCUAAAUGGCUUAUAUAAGGGAGUACUCCCUCCGGGCGUUACCAUCCUCAGUGUAUUCAUCAACAGAACGUUUUGGAAUAUUUAAUCGUCCCGCCAUAUUAAAUUCAAUACGCAAGCACAUUAGCAUUUGAUUCAUGUAAGGAUCAACGAAACCUAAUGUCCUACUUACGGGGUGCUCUGGCGGCGGGGUGGGAAAAGGAAGGAGGGCGUGGAACUUUGUCUCUGGAAUUUGAAUAUUUGCACCGAAAAAGUGGAUGUGAAAUGCUGAUUGGCGGAGAUGACAUUAGUAAUGACGUCAUUACCAUUGGCACGUGUUUUUCAAUUUUUUUUCUUACAUUGGCCCGCGCUCGUUUCUGCUUCGCACUCAUUGGCGGAAAUUUGUCAGUCGACGGAGAUGGAAUUCCAGAGACGUAGUUGCAAGCGCUCCUUCCUUUUCCCGCCCCGCUGCCAGAAGCGCCCCGGAGAGCUUGCUCCCAGGCUAAUCCCUUUUUGUCUUAUCGAGUUUGGUCUUGCGAACAUCUAUUUUUCCAUAGGCCUCCGAUGCCAAGUCUAUUGAAUGCAUAUAGCAGCCUUAUCGCAGAAGUGAUGCAUGUGUAUUAAUCUUUAAUGUUAUAGGGGGGACAUUCAUGGCGGGGCCUCAGGAGACAUCAGUGCCUCGGCAGGGAACGUUGGACUUAAGGCUGAAUUGGACAGGUUAUCCAACGAAUGCUCGAGAGGGUCAGACCUACAGGUGAACUACUACUGCACUGGCUUACCAGACAAUCUUCCCAUCAAUAUUGAGGAGCUCACCAAUCUGAUUAAAAACUUUCCCGAAAGUUUGAAGAACAUAAAUGGUGGAAAAGGAAUCCCAGUCAAGGUAAGAAUUUUCUUUGUGCGUAUCAAAAAACGUAAACGGUCUAUUGUACCGACCUUAGAUUGCUCAUCCAAAUUUUAACUAUAGGUCUUUUGUUCCAGGUGACACAUGCCUAGACCGAGCCGAAGCUUGAUUGAAUAAUCUGAAUUCUUCGGGGUGACAAACGUGCGUACCACAGGGGCGGGAGGUGCUGAUUUACUCUAUGAAGAAUGAAAUUUCACUAGGAUAGCGACGGGAAUAGUUUUGUUUGUUUUUUUAUCUUUGUCUUUUGUCUACAAGCGUGGGCAAGCCGGUUUGAACUUGGGACUACCAAGAACAAAAUAAUCCAGCAAGUGGCUACUGAGAGGUACUCGAGUCCGAGACUGUGUGUCCGACCCCGGCCACGCUGCCUCCUCAAAGCCAGAAACAGACAAAAUCCUUCAUUUCGAAUGAAUAGUAGUCAACAUUGCUUACCUGUAGCCAUUCUUUUCAAGUCGAUAUAUUUGUCAUGUUUUAGCUAUCAAUCUGAAAUGUCUACUGGCUCAUAUCUCGGGUGAAGUAGACAAUACUUAACCCAAUAAUAUCUGAAUCAGUUGUGGAAUCAAGGUCAAACGUAUCUUCUGAUAUUCUGGGACCGGUCUUAAAUAUGUUGUUGAGCUUGUUUUUUAUUUAUUUUAAUAUUCAGAACUGGCUCGAUAGGGUUUUUCAGGGUCAAUAGCUCACAAGCCUAUUUGAGCAUAAAGUACGUCACCAGUAUCAGAGAUUUAGAAAACUUACCGCGAUGACCGCAGCUGUAGUGUGUAUCGAGGCGAUGUUGUUAACGAUUUUGUAAACAUUUUGGUACACUUUAACAGAUAGGCGAAUAAUUCUGAAACCGCUAGAUAUUUUUUUCUAAAAUUUGAGAUUCUGCAGAUUAACUGUCGUUUUAUAUGACCUUUGAGUUUCAAGUUUAUUGAUAACUUUUACGGCAGUAAAAUAAGGGCUGCAUUUCGCUAGAUUACUGUCGGAAAUUCCGUGUUCACAAGUGACAGCCUGUCAUUUAUUAUUCAGAGUAUGAAACUAAGAGACAAUACCCCUGAAUGAUGUGAGGUUUUCACUUGUAACCACAAAAACAUCCAAUAAAAAACCAAGCGAAUUGGAGCGCUGCCUUACAAGUUAUCAAUAAUGAAUCUUGAAACUCAAAGGUCAUAUAAAACGACUGUUAGUCUCGUGAAUCUCCAGUUUUUUUAAAAAAAAUCCGGCGGUUUCAAAAUUAUUCUUCGUUAAUGGCGACGUAGUUUAUGCUCAAACCUAGGAUUUAUUUACCCUGAAAAAACCCUAUUUGCGCCACCUUAAACAAUCUUUUUUUGUAGUUUGAGCUCUUACCAGUUGUGGAUAUCAUAAAAACCGCAAAACCACCCUUGCAAGGAAGAGUUGAGGCAUAUGAACUGGAUGACUUAAGUCACCGCUUUGAUGAUCUUCGCAGCGCCUUGGAAUAUGCCAAUGAUUACUUCAAAACUGAAGACAAACCUCCAGACGACAUUGUUCAGUUCUUCAAGGAAACCACUGAAGUGGAAGGUGCAAUAAGGAAAGCCAUCUCUAGUUUGGGCAGCACGAAUGAAAAGAAACGGGUGAAAGAAAGCAUUGAUACAUAUAACAACGCCUUGGGUGGUUUGCCUUUCACUGGCAAGUUUCUUAAGCGAUGGAAAAAUAUCUGUGGCAGAAAGGUUCGUAGAUUUUUAAUAAUCAAUUCUAAAUAUCUCAUGUUUUGUCUGCUUAGGAAGGGGUUGAUUGGGAGCUUCAGCAACGACGACGGCGACAUCGAACACAGGACAACAAAUUUAUUUUUCUUUUCCUGAUCUUCGAUACAAUGGUCUUUUAGAAAUUAACUCCAGAAAGAAAAAAAAAANUUUAUGCUCAAACCUAGGAUUUAUUUACCCUGAAAAAACCCUAUUUGCGCCACCUUAAACAAUCUUUUUUUGUAGUUUGAGCUCUUACCAGUUGUGGAUAUCAUAAAAACCGCAAAACCACCCUUGCAAGGAAGAGUUGAGGCAUAUGAACUGGAUGACUUAAGUCACCGCUUUGAUGAUCUUCGCAGCGCCUUGGAAUAUGCCAAUGAUUACUUCAAAACUGAAGACAAACCUCCAGACGACAUUGUUCAGUUCUUCAAGGAAACCACUGAAGUGGAAGGUGCAAUAAGGAAAGCCAUCUCUAGUUUGGGCAGCACGAAUGAAAAGAAACGGGUGAAAGAAAGCAUUGAUACAUAUAACAACGCCUUGGGUGGUUUGCCUUUCACUGGCAAGUUUCUUAAGCGAUGGAAAAAUAUCUGUGGCAGAAAGGUUCGUAGAUUUUUAAUAAUCAAUUCUAAAUAUCUCAUGUUUUGUCUGCUUAGGAAGGGGUUGAUUGGGAGCUUCAGCAACGACGACGGCGACAUCGAACACAGGACAACAAAUUUAUUUUUCUUUUCCUGAUCUUCGAUACAAUGGUCUUUUAGAAAUUAACUCCAGAAAGAAAAAAAAAACUGCCAAUAUUUGACGAAUUGAACGAGGUGGAAUAAGCGCGAUAAAGUUAGGAGCUGCGAGACUUCACUUUUUACUGACUGGGCUGCCUCAAGGCACGCCCGUUCCGUUGGUCGUUUCCGUCGAAAGUGAACACUGUUAAUUAUUAACCCAAAUACCCAGAAGGCGUUGCGUGAUCCAUAAAGCAUGUUUUUCCAUCUUCCCAGUGUCUGUUCAAAGAUGUUUUUUUCAUUUUAAUAUUUAUUUCUGUUUAAUGCAACACACUCGGCCUUUUGGGGGGUCUUAAUUUUGGAUUAGGGUAAAGAAGACUCGAUCCAACGAAAUAGGAACUUUCAGUGAGAAUUUCCCACACAACUUCAUAUUAUGACCUCAGUGGCGAGAGGGCAAAUAAGCGGCGAAGCCUCGAAAACGCAGUACUUCACCGGGAGCUUCAAAUAUCAACUUGAGAAUAGAGUACUUAAAAGGCGGGCAUAUUACUUACUAGAACAAGGUUUGGUGACUUAGCAUCCUAGAGCUGACAGUUGUGCUCAAUGUCGCCCAGCGUUACUGUUUUGUUUGCAUUUGUAUCAUAAAAUUGUUUGCGUGAUCACUAAGUGUGGACAGUGUUAUGCUUCUCCUAUUUUCUGUGUCUUCGCCUACUCAACAAGCGCGAUUGAUGUUAGCAUGAGCGAGUUUCGAGUUUUUACUGGCGUGUAAACUAAAAGCAAUCGAAAAUGGGAACUUAAAAAACACAGAUUAAAUCUAUUAAACCAGCACAUGAUAUGUACACAGAGGACGUUGACAGAAGGCAACGACUUUCGUUCUGUUUUACCGAACUUCGAUUCAAUUCUUUAGAAUUCAACUCUAGAAAAAUUCGCCAUCACUUGACCAAACAAACGAGAUCGAAAUAAGCGCGAUGAAGAUUGAGGGAGCGCAAAUCCCUUUUUUUAAAUGUCGUUCUCGUCGUUGUUUAAGUUUCAUGAAAGUCGAAUUUUUAAAAAUUAAUGAUUUGUGGAUGUCAUAUAAUAAGACAGCUUGUUGUUGUCGUCGAGCUCAAAAGCCACUAACAGAACACACGCUUUUUUGUUUGACUACAUCUGUCCAUUUUCAAAUUGCGAAGGCUGCUAUUCUUUUCUCCAUUUAAUCCUCCAAGUUCAGUCUCUAAAAGAGUGUCAUCUAUUAAUUAUUCUGUUUUAAACAGUCUGUCGCCAUACUGGCGUUUCCAUAUUUCUUUUCCGUUUUUCUUCAGUUUAUAGCAGUUUGAUACCUCACUCAAAUUUUUAUAUCGUUUAGGUACUGAGUCCCAAUAUUAUAAUUUUAAGAUAAGUUACAUAAUACAACACUCUUACAUCCAUUGAGUAGUCUAGCAGAUAUAUUUUUGUUUGAUCUUGUUAUAGUUGCGUUUCCUUACUGGCAAUGCUAAUUUGAAACCAUUCUCGCACGAAAUAGACGAAAGCUUAGACACAGAGGAGGCUUGUUCCGAGCAGAGAACGGUUCAAAGGAAGCCUCAGUUUAUAGUCUGUGGUGUGAUUUCUGAUUAGGUUGAUAAGAGAUAGGUUGGAGAUGAUAAAUUUGAUCACGAAAUCAGGGAACGGGUCAGUUUACCAUUUCAAAUCUUCUCCUUUUAUCACAUUUCUUGCCUGGGCAAGGUUGCAUAAGACCUUCUUAAAUUAAGAGGGCUCUUAACUUUUGUUCUCGAACAAUAACCUAUUGUUUUAAAAUAAUAGUUACGAGUUCCCUUAACCUUAAGAUGUUUUUUGCAACCCAACCCAGGUUUCAAUAUUUUAUGUUUAAUAAAGUCUAAAGGGAAAAGCGAGAAAAUUUUUAUUUCAUUUAAAAAUGGCCUGCUGAGAUGAGCGUCAUUGACAGCGAUAACUUUACUUUAUGCUUACCAAUGAAAUUAUUAUAAGCAGGAAUAAAAAAAAACUAAGUUUUAUUUCUGGACUGUUAUGCUCGAUAAUCAUGGUAGUCAUUUACUUCGUUUGAAAAGGAUUUUGGGGAAUUCUGUUUUUCAUUUCAAAUAAUUUACAAUGUUUGUGUGACAUUGGCCGUUUUCCCACAAUAGACGUCCGUCAAGGCGGAUAAUCCGUCUGAUCUAUUUUCCGUCAAAAUGUGAUUAGAGACGGAUAAAGAUUUUAAAUUUGCCUUUUCACGGAUUCACAUUACACGGAUGAACCCAAGGAAAAACAUGCCUUCGACGCUUUAGCACAGUCACCAAUUCAUUGCAAUGGCCGCCAUUGCCUUUUUUAUGUCGGGGAAAAGAAAACUUAAAAAAAACUAACGUACUACUUUUCCUUUACCGCAACAUUUUCUAAGACUUAAGUCCAUCGUCUCUUCCAUCUAACAAGGAAAGUACAUGAAGGUUUCAUCUUCACUCCACAUGUUCUUUUUCAACGUUUUUGCUUUUCUUUGUGAUUUAUCUUCAUCCUUGCAUGUCAGUGCUUUUACUUUGGGCGGCAUGUUUUGUUGUACGAAUCCCGCGAUGCAACGCACCAUUUCUUGUUCCAGCUAAAAAACAACUUCGUCCCCAGUCUUUUUGAGAAAGCAAGAAGACACUUGGGACGAGGUUGGAUAGAAAAAUUUGAGACGAAUAGUCUUAGACGGAUUAUUCGUCUUCAAAAUCCGUCUAAAAAGACUGAAAAACAGACGGAUAAAAUCAGACGAAUUAUCCAUCCAAAUUGGCCGUAUUCACACUAGAAAUGGAUUAUCCGUCUGAGACGGGUUAUCCGUUUGAUAAUUCGCGUCAAUACGUCUUAAUUUGAAAACGGAAGGGUCUAAAUUUUGAAUGGACAAUCCACCCGACUUUAUCCGUCAUUCUGUUUUCCCGUCAAUUUUGACGAAUUGUGAAGAUAGAUUAUCCUUCUCAGAUGGAUAAUCCGUCUCUAGUGUGACUGAAACGGCUAUUGAAGGCGGCAUUUCCCAUCUUUAAUGGUCGUGAUUUCUACCGACGUUGGAAAUUGCCACUGUCAUUUUCAGCCAUCGUCCGAAGGGUUUGUACACAAAAUUUGGAAUCUGGAGGGCCUGUUGCAAUCUUGCGUUAUUACCAAAACGACGUUAGAAAUUAAAUGAAUGGUAACAUUUUGACAUUUCAUUUUAAAUCUAAAAAAUAAAUCAAAUUAAAUACUUUUUAAGCCGACUAGCAAUUUUUAACCAGAAUUUCGCCAUUUUAGAAUAUCGCAUUUGGCCUUAGAACAUGUUGUAUAAGGCUCUUUGUUGAAAGACCUAGUAGUAAAAACUUUCCGGAAACAUCUAGAAAGUAGGAAAUUUGUUUGGAUAAUGUCCAGGUUUCGUUUUACUCAUAUCUUACAUUCUUAGGUAUUUCGAAAUAGUCUUCUUGUAGAUUUUUGUGAAACUUCGCGCAGCAGAAGCACCGACAAUUGCCUAACUCGAAAUCUCCGCGCUCUUGCCCUAUUAGCACACUGAGGCUAAGAGACGAUAACUAGUUGAGAUUGCUAUAUUCACCGUGUCGUUUUUAACAAGAUAGAUAGGAUACCCAUAUAAUCGCGUUGCUGUGUUUUUCAAAGGGAAAAAUUGGAAUUGCCAAUCGUUAUACUCGGUAGUGUUUUUUCUUUAAUUACGCAGCAUACCAACGUACCGAGCGAUUGAUUUUCCUCUGGUAUAUGAGCGUGGUCGUCAGGAAUCGAUGAAGGAUAAUAUAUUGUUUGUGAAUAUGUCCCUACCAAGAUGGAAGUGUUUAUUCGAAGUUUGGCUAUUCAAUGAGAGUGUGAUCGGUGAUAAAAUAGCCAUGAUUGCUAUGCGCUGAGACUUUUCAGGAAAAAUGCUCCUACUUCUUACGUAGAGCGAAGCUGCAUAGCAUUGCUACAUCUGACCUGUAGAUUAUUUGCCACUAUACUUAUAAAAGUCUUCGAAGAAUGUACUUUGGUUGCGUUUGAUUGGGAAAUCCGGAUUUAGAUUUCGAAACCCACACCCGGAAAUUGCAAUCGAACGCGCACUCGGAAAACGGAUUUAAUCUUCGAGAGUUCCGUCCUCAUGGUGGAUUUUAAUUAAGAAACCAAAUCCGGAUAUCAUGAAUUUACUUUCUACCGUUCAACUAUUCUCGUGAACAGUGGUCUUCUUUUUGCUCAUUAUGCGUGCGCGUGGAUAACCUGCGAGCAAGCUCUCCCGGGGCGCUCUGGCGGUGGGGACGAAAAAAUACUGCGACGAGGCAGCUAGAACAGCCGCAAAAACAACCGAUGCGGCGUUGUUGCUAAGCAACUGUAGACACCAACCUGUCAAUGGGGUGAUCAAAAGAGUGACGGCACUCAAUUUCCUUGCGGCAUUUUCCAUUUUUUCAAUGAAAUUUCAAUGAGAAGAUAAAUAAUAAUAAUAAUAAUAAUAAUAAUAAUAAUAAUUAAAAUAAUAAUACAUUUACAACAACAAUAAGUUUAAUCUUUUUUUUUUGUUCUCAGCUCAAUAACCAGCUUUAUUUUUCUGUCUUCCUAAGCAACUUUUCAUCAUCUAUGUCCUAUCCUUUCUGACUGUUUUUUUUUAUGUUUUAGCCAUCUGCUCAUAUCGAAGCUGACGUCGGAAAAUCGGUUCGCUACCCAUCCGACAAAGGUACUUCAAAUUCGCCGAGGAUCUUCUACAAUCUACAUUUGCAUUUUAAUUUUGUUAAGCUAAAACUUUGAAAGAAAAAGUGUAUCGGCAAGGAUUGCGCUUUUUUAAAACGCAUAAAAAAAAAAUGAUUUGGCAACAAUUAAAUGAAUGACUCCGCCACUGUGUUUUUGUGUGGCAACAAUUUGUCACGCGAUCUCAUAAAUCUCUAAAAAUCGUUACCAAGGACUGGUAUGGUAGGAUAUAGUGGGAUGAGAGAAAGGUUUAGAAGUAAUUUUCGAAAAUUAUUCACGGAUGAUCAAAUUGAGCACUGAAAUCGAAUAUUUUUGACACCUCGCUUUGUAGUGAUCAAAGACUGGUCUGUCAGUUCCCCGUACAGCCAUCUUGAAGGAGGCAUGAAGUACCACGACGGAAAACUGACGGUGCCAACCCCCGGACGGUACUACAUCUACGCUCAACUUUACUUCUUCAGCAGUGGACGAGUCUAUAUAAGAGUUAACAACAAAGACAUAACAAUGAUUCAAGCGCCAGUAAACAAUUUGGAUUUCAAUGGUACUCUGUACGCUGGUGGGGUUUUCAACCUGGCGGCCGGUGACUUCAUCACUCUAGUUCCCAACAGUAACAAUGGAGCCGAACUUUACAUGGGCACCAUUAACAGUUACUUUGGCGCAUAUUUGAUUUAA